GCAAGUGGGUUCAAGUGUUCAACUUCUUGGAAUAAAAUUAUAUUUUUGCACACUUAAAUAACUCAGUAAAGAAACCCGCUUAACAACAUAUUAACUUUACGUCAAGAAUAUCUAUUGUAACAUACUCGUAAUAAUGAUAACCAAUCAAAGUUAUUAAGCUGGUACUAGAGGUAUUCAAUACCCGACCCAACCUAACAUAACUAGAUUAAACCAAACAAAAAACGACUCAAUCCAUAUUUCUACUUACAUGGGCACAAAACUCAAGGCUAAAGUCUACCCAAUCUAACCAAACCAAAUCAAAGGGUAUGCAAAAAAAAAAAAAAAAAAAAAAAAAAAAACAAUUAACCAAAACUACUCAAAAUUGGGAACUUUACACAAAAAUAGGGAGUAACGGAGUUUCAGCGCCCACCAUAACAGUCAGCCCUGUCACUUUUCUCUGCGAUACUCCAUCUUUUCCUUCUCUUUUGGAUUCUUCUUCUAAUUAACGUCGAUAAUCCUCGCUAUCCAAACACUCAGAUUUUUAAAUGCUGGGUUAGAAUUUUAGAAUCAAGGGAUUGAUGUAAUUUUUGAUUUGGGUUUGAAUUUGCAGCACAUUAUAUUGAAAUAAUGGGACAAAGUUCGAAGAAGAAAAAGCGUCGGAAUAAAGGAAGAGCUACUACUAAGGAUCAUGCGUUGCUUUCUGCUGAUUACAGUGAGCUUAUUUCUGAGGAGCUUACUGCUUUGUCUGCAAUAUUUCAAGAAGACUGUCAAAUAGUUUCAGAUUCUCAUCCGCAAGUUAGUAUUAAUAUCAGGCCUUACUCAAAGGACUCAGGAUAUGAGAAUAUGGAUAUUUCCGUCCAUUUACUUGUGCGUUGCUUACCAGGAUAUCCUUACAAGUGCCCCAAAGUGCAAUUAACUUCAGAAAAAGGCCUGUCUGAAAGUGAUGCUGAUAGGCUUCUGAUGCUCCUUCAUGAGCAGGCAAAUUCUAAUGCUCGAGAAGGACGUGUGAUGAUCUUCAAUUUGGUGGAAGCUGCUCAGGAAUUUCUCUCUGCAGUGAUUCCUACAGCCCCUUUGCAAAGCCGGGUUGUAUCUAUAGAUGGAGACAGCAUUGGCCAAUUACCUUCUACAGAUGUGGCAAAAUCCUCUGAAUCAGUCACUUCUUUCAAGGAUUCAUUUGUUUAUGGAUUUAUGGAUCUUUUCAGUGGUUAUGAAGAGUCAUGGAAAGGUGGUGAGAUAAGCUCUUCAGUGGUUUCCCGUGCUCUAUCCAGAUCUAAACAGGUUUUUGAAGGUGUAGAAAAGAACUUUAAACCAAAAGAAAAGAGCAAGGGGGAGGAUAACCGACAUGCUGAAGUAGUUUCAACUUCUACAAAAUUGGAGUAUGUUAAAGAAGUGAGUGAAGAUGAUGCUAAGGUUCUAUCGACAACUUCGUCAAAUAGAUACCUGUCAGAUGACUUGGCUGGAUCCAGUUCUGAUGAAGAGAUAGCCAAUAAGGAUACUGGGGACAACUCCGAAGGAUCCUUAUCGUCUUUCAAUGACACUGAUGAUCAAGAAACUGGGUCUUCAAAGUCUUCCUCUGUGCCUCUAAGGAAUGAUCAGACAUCUCAAAGUAUCAAAAGUGAUCUGAUCAUGGCUCAUCUUCUGCGCCUAGCUUGUGGCUCUAAUGGCCCGCUUGCAAAGGCCUUGCCAAAAUUAACAUCUGAAUUGUAUAGUUUGGGGAUCAUAUCAGAGUGGACAAGGGACGUAACCACCAAUUCACCUACUCUGUACAGCAAGACUUUUGAUCAUGUUUUUCAUCAGCACAUGGCCUCUUCAGAAAUAUCUGAGUUUUGGGAGCCAGUGUCAGAUAUUGGGGGGCAGGAUUCAUCUCUCCCAAAUUCUCGAUAUCUUAAUGACUUUGAAGAGCUACAGUCACUCGGUCAUGGCGGUUUUGGUCAUGUUGUGUUAUGCAAAAAUAAGCUUGACGGGAGACAAUAUGCUCUUAAAAUGAUACGUCUCAAGGACAAAAGUCCACCUGUUAAUGAUCGUAUAUUAAGGGAGGUGGCAACACUUGCUCGUUUACAACACCAACAUGUUGUUCGUUACUAUCAGGCGUGGAUUGAAACAAGAGUUGCAGGAAAUCUAGAAGACAGCAUGUGGGGUUCAAAGACUGGAAGAAGCUCCAGCUUCAGUUGCAUGGGUGGCAGUUUGUCUGAUACCAUUGGACAGGAAGAUAUGAUAGAGUCACCUUAUCUUUACAUCCAAAUGGAAUAUUGCCCUAGGACUCUCCGUCAAUUGUUUGAUUCAUAUCGUCAUUUUGACAAGGAAUUAGCUUGGCAUUUGUUUCGCCAAAUUGUCGAAGGUUUGGGACACAUACAUGCACAAGGAAUCAUUCAUCGUGACUUGACGCCAAAUAACAUAUUCUUUGAUGCUCGCAAUGAUAUUAAGAUUGGUGAUUUUGGCCUUGCCAAGUUCUUAAAGCUUGAACAACUGGAUCAGGAAACAACAUUUCCUUCAGAUGCACGACAUGCACCAGGUGUUUCAAUUGAUGGUACCGGUCAAAUAGGUACAUAUUUCUACACUGCACCAGAAAUUGAGCAAGGAUGGCCAAAGAUUGAUGAGAAGGCGGAUAUGUACAGUUUAGGAGUUGUAUUUUUUGAGUUAUGGCAUCCUUUUGGAACAGCAAUGGAGAGGCACAUUGUUCUUUCAGAUCUAAAGCAGAAGGGAGAGCUUCCUGCAGCCUGGGUUGCUGUGUUCCCUGAGCAAGCCUCCUUGCUACGACGACUAAUGUCUCCUAUCCCUGCUGACCGUCCAUCUGCUGUCGAACUACUUCAAGAUGCCUUUCCACCGCGCAUGGAGUAUGAACUAUUAGAUAACUUUCUACGUACAAUGCAAACUUCUGAGGAUACAAGUGUUUAUGACAAAGUUGUGGGUGCUCUCUUUAACGAAGAAUUGUUAGCUUCCAGAAGCAGUCGCCUUCAUCACUCAAUUGGAGACGUGACUUCUGUUGCCCAAUAUUCAGAAGUAGAAACUGAACUUCAUGAUUAUGUAAUAGAUGCAAGUAAGGAAGUGUUUAAACGACAUUGUGCAAAACAUUUGAAACUCAAAACGUUACGUUUGAUGGAUGAUUUUCCGGUUUCAGGAAGGGGAAGCAUAAAGCUUUUAUCUCAAGGUGGAGACAUGGUUGAGCUUUCUCAUGAGUUACGCUUGCCCUUUGUUAAAUGGGCAACUGUAAACCAGAAAUCAUCAUUCAAACGAUACGAGAUAUCGUCUGUAUAUAGGAGAGCAAUUGGUCAUGCACCUCCAAAUGUCUACCUUCAGGGUGAUUUUGAUAUUAUAGGAGGUGCUUCACCCCUGACAGAAGCUGAAAUUAUAAAGGCAACGAUUGAUAUCUUAAUGCAGUUUUUCAACCCAGACUCAUUGUAUAUUCAUCUGAGUCAUGGAAAUCUAUUGAAUGCUAUGUGGUCUUGGGCAGGAAUCAAGGCUGAGCACCGGCAGAAAGUAGCUGAGAUUUUAUCUAUGCUAGGCUGUCUGCCUCCCCAAUCCUCUGAACGGAAAUCCAAAUGGGUAUUAAUCAGGCGUCAGCUUCUUCAGGAAGUUCGUCUGCCAGAAGCAGUUGUUAAUAGAUUGCAAGCAGUGGGCCAACGAUUUUGCGGAGAUUCACAACAGACUCUACCAAGAUUAAGAGGGGCACUUCCAGCAGAUACAUCUACGCGCAAGGCACUUGAUGAGAUAUCUGAUCUUUUAAGCUAUCUCAGAGUAUGGAAAAUUGAAAAGCAUAUUUACAUUGAUUCGCUUAUGCCACCAAGUGAAUACUACCACAGAGAUUUGUAUUUUCAGAUAUACUUGAGAAAGGAAUCAUCUGGGUCACCGAUUGAGGGUAAAUUGCUAGCUUUAGGUGGUCGGUAUGACUAUUUGCUGCAUCAGAUUUGGGAGCGUGAACAUAGGUCAUCUCCACCUGGUGCUGUUGGGAUCAGUCUUGCACUUGAAACAAUUAUUCAACAUUCUUGUGUGCAUAUCAAACCUAUCAGAAGCGAGGCUUGUGCUGGUGUUCUGGUAUGCUCAAAGGGAGGAGGUGGUUUAUUAGAAGAGCGCAUGGAGAUUGUGGUAGAACUAUGGGAAGCCAAUAUUAAGGCUGAAUAUGUGCCGUCAUCUGAUCCGAGCCUUACAGAACAGUAUGAAUAUGCAAAUGAGCAUGAUAUCAAGUGGCUUGUCGUUAUAACUGAUUCUGGAGUUUCUCAAAAGGAUACUGUAAAGGUCCGUCAUCUCGAACUCAAGGGGGAAAAAGAAGUUGAAAGAGAAAAUCUUGUCAGGUUUCUUUUGGAGGCAAUGUCAUCUCAAUUUAGGAGUCUUUCUCGUUGGAGUUAAGCAUGCUGAUAACUGUCCAUUCCUGCUUAAUUAUCAACAUGAGAGUUCAGAAUCUGUUCAGAAUGAGCUAAAGGUUAUGCUCGCCUCUCCAUGCUGUUAAAAGACAGUACUCCAGUGAACAAUUUUGUCUUAGUUACAGUGGCAAAGUUUAGCUAGAAUCACACUAUGUUGCGUUGCUGCUACAAAUUUUGACAAUGAGCUCAAUUCGUUUAUCUAUACCGGUUACAUUACAUUUUUUUUCAAUUCUUUUUUACUUGUAAAUAUGCGUUCGUCAGGCAAUGUAAAUAUUUACCGUACACCUUACAGAUUCUUAAGGAUCUUAGUCAAUAUGAUGUUUAAAAAUAGGUUUUGAUCAUCUGAAGUAAGUUUGAUUGAUUGUGUAGCUCAAACACAACCAAAUCAAUCAUGGCUAUUAGGCCAAGAACCAAAUGGUUGCAUUCUUUUUGUUGCAGUUUUGUUUAGUCCAGAUAAAUUUAUCCAAUCCAAAAGAACAAGGAUUUUGACCCACAA